AUGAGACACGGGUUCGCUAACCGUAGGUGGACCGCGGACGGGGCCGGGACGGGGCCGAACCGGACUAUGACUUUCGGAGGGCGUGGAGGGGGCCCCGCGGGUGGAGGACCCGGCGGUCGAGGUGGAAGGGGGGGGGCGCCGCAGGGCCCGCUGCCCCCGAACUACGUGUGCCGGCGGUGCUUCAAGCCGGGGCACUUCAUCCAGGACUGUCCCACCAACAACGACUCGUCGUACGACAACACCCGGCUGAAGAGGGUGGUGGGCAUCCCGACCUCGAUGAUCAAGCUCUCCGACGGGGACAGGCAGGGGGGCGGACUCGUCAACGCGUCGGGGCAACUGGUGACGAUUCGGGCCAACGACCAGGCGUUUCGCAAGCUCAAGGAGUUCGGGGGCGGGCAGUCCGUCCAGGGGCUGCUCGACCGCCUGUCGGAGUCCGCCCCUAAGCACCUCAAGUGCCCGAUCUGCAGCAAGAUCAUGUCCGACGCGGUCAUUCUGCCGUGCUGCGCCAAGAGCACGUGCGACUCGUGCGUCAGGAGGGCCCUCAACGCCUCGGCCUCGAUGUCGUGCCCGCUCUGCCAGACCCGCGGGGUCGGUCCCGACAGCCUGCUGCCGAACGAGGAAGAGGCGUCGGCGGCGGUCGGGACGUCCUCAGCCUCGGGUGCCGCAGGGGGAGGCGGCGGUGCCGGCGGCAGCAACAAGCGAAAACGUCCGCCCCAAAAGGGGGUGGACGCGAUUCUCGACCUAGAGCCGAGGGAAGAGGAGGAGGCGGCAGAGGAAGAGGAGGAAGAGGAAGACCCGUUCGGCAACGACGUUUACGACGUCCAAGCGCAGCCGCUCGAGGAGGAGAAGAAGAAUGGACGGGAGGGAGAAGAAGAGACCAAAAAGACGGGGGACGAGGGGGGCCAACAGCAGCAGCAGCAGCAGCAGCAGCAGCGGGGAAACGAUGCCGGCGGCUACGACAACCAGGCAAACUCGAACCACGACUUCGGGAACGGGGGGGGCGGCGGCGGCGGCGGCGGCGGCGGCGGGAUGGGGCCGGACGGGCGACUGUACCAGCACCAGCACCAACAGGCGGCACGUUUCCCUUGCGGCGCAAGAAAGUGUGCGUUCAUCGUGGUCCUCCAGCGGUCGGUCGCGAGUGACACCACGCAGGAUCAGGAUCACAGAUAA